AGCUGCAGGGGGAAGACAAGGAGGACGAGGAGGACGAAGAAUAUUCGGCGGACGAGGAGGGGGUCAGAGGGCUUGAGCCUUCGCUGCUCAAGAGCUUCAGGCGGCAGAUGGAAACUGCGGAGAACUUCUUUCAGAGUGUUGUAGGUCGCAAGGUGACGGCGGAGGAAGUGGAGGAGGAGAACCAGAGGAACAAGUGGAGUGGUUGGACAGGAAGAGGGAGGUGGAGCUCAGUUGAGAGUGACGGGGGGGGGAGGGCUUCAGUAGGAGCAGGAGCAGCAGGGGAAGAUUCUAAUCACUUUUGUUAGUUCGACAACCCAGAGGAGCAACAGAGUACAGGACAAGAGCUUCGCUCGCAUUUCAUAGAGCUUGGAAAGAUGAAGACCGAGCUACACGAACCUGACGAGCCUUGGCCUGAGGAGCUCAGGGAGCAGGUGCACGACCUCAAGCUGAAGCUGAAGCAGCUCAUGUCAGAGAUUUGGAUCUACUGCGAGUCUGGAGGCUUCGAGAGGGGUGAGCCUGUGGAUGUACCGGCGAUGAUGAAGACUCUGCGCACAAUGGGCCUCAUGGACAGAUGACUUCCGACAUGCGCACGAUCACGCUGAUAGCAUGCCGCUCCAGUGCUCGCUGCUAGUACCAGGCCGCACUGAAGUAAUAGAUCAAAGGUGUCGCUCU